AUGGAUCUCACGGCGAACGAAGCCGUGCUGACGGGCGAGUCCAUGGAGGUCAGCAAGUCGGUGGAGCUCAAGGAUGCCGAUGCCCCAUUCCGAUCCAACAUGCUUUACAGCGGGACCGAGGUGAUGACGGGCUAUGGCCGGGCCGAGGUCACCGACACCGGGAUGCGCACACAGGUCGGGCUCAUCGCCAAACGGCUGGGGCAGCAAAAGAGCGUCACGGAGAAGAACCCCCUGAUGCUGUCAGUGAACAAGUUGGCCACCCGCCUGGCAGGUGUGCUGGGCGUCGUGAUCUUGCUGGCGACCUCUCUGGCGUUCGCGACCGGCUUCCAGGACCCGGCGCGGCCAUGUGAUGCGGCGGACAUGGGCUGCUUCCUGAAGGGCUCGGUCUUGCGGGCUGUGGUCAUGACCGUGGCGCUCAUCCCGCACGGCAUCCCCCUGGUUUCCACGAUCAUGCUGCGGGUCGGCGGCCUGGCCAUGGCCCGGAAUAACGGCGUGGUCAUGAAGGUCUCUGCCGUAGACUACUUGGCUGCAACUACGGUCAUCUGCACAGACAAGACGGGUACGUUGACUGAGGGCAAGAUGACAGCCAGCGUGGUGCUUGGCAUCUGCCAGGAUGAUGCCCUUGGGGCAGCGGGCACUUCCGUGAGGGAGUCAUCGCUGUCUUUCUACCCGCUGAAGGGCUUGAGCCAGAAUGGUGGCGUCUUCCCGACAGCGGAGCUCACGCCACUCGGGAUUGUGCUACGCUGCCGUGGAGACAUCUUUGCCUUCACGGCAAGGCAGAUGCUUGAGAUGGCUAUGCAUGAGCUUUUGCAUCUCGCUGUCAUACCCAUGUACACAGGCCCCUCAGUACUGUCUCGUUUGGUGGAAUUGGUCUAA